AUGUCUAUCAGCGAGCGAGUUGCCCAAUGGCCCACAGUCAUGCCAUACGAUAAGCAAUCCGUUGCCGUACCCGGCACAAAGCGUCCCGGCCAAACAGCUCAUUACCGCAACGGCAUCUGGGGUCUCGUUGAAGAGACCGCUCCUGACCUUUUUGUUACUUUGGACCAAAUCUUCGCCGAAGGUCUCCUCAAGAGCAAGAAUAAGCCGUUCUUGGGUCGCCGCCCCAUCCUCUCCACCAACCCUUUGAAGUUUGCUCCUACGUACACAUGGCAGACCUACGGGGAAGUUGAUGUCAAGAGGCGUCAUAUUGGCAGUGCUGUUCACACACUGUUCACACAAGGUGUUCUUGGUGGUGGCGAAUAUCCGACUGUUGGAAUCUGGGCUCCUAAUUGUCCUGAAUGGCAAAUUGUCGAUAUUGCUCUACAGAGCUACCAGAAGGUGUCCGUCAGUUUGUAUGAUACCCUUGGCAAGGAUUCUGUUGCAUACAUCAUUGAACAUUCACAUCUCACCGUGAUCUUCGCAACAUCUGAACACAUUCCAUUGUUGUUGAAGACCGCCCAUCGAGUCCCUAUGCUCAAGGCCAUCGUCUGCAUGGACCCACUCUCUGCCGAAGCCUCUAAAUUGCUCAGGGAAUGGUCUGAAUCUCAAGGAUUGAUCUUCAAGGAGUUCGCUGAACUCGAGGCCUUUGGCAAAGCAAACUAUGUUGAACCGAUUCCUGCUUAUCCGGAUCUCGUUGCAUCUAUCUGCUACACCUCUGGAACAACCAAUAACCCCAAGGGUGUCGUUCUGAAGCACAAGAACUUGGCCGUUGCAACCCAUAGCAACAUGUACGGAUUAAUGCUCCCCGAAGACGCUUGUUUGCUGUCUUACCUUCCAUUGGCUCAUAUUUAUGAGCGCGUCUGCGAACUUUGCACUAUUGCCGUUGGAGGGCAAAUUGGUUACUUUACUGGAGACCCUCUGCGCCUUCUGGAAGAUGCUCAAAUUCUAAGACCCAAUUUCUUCCCCUCCGUACCUCGUGUACUAAAUAGGGUAUAUCAAGCCGCAAUGGUUGGCGGCAAUGUGCCAGGUCUUAAAGGCAUUUUGUUUAAUAAGGCGGUACAAACUAAGCUUGCCACCCUCCACCAGACUGGUGAAGUCACGCAUGCAUUUUGGGACAGACUCGUUUUCCGCAAGAUUCAAGCUGUUCUUGGUGGGCGUAUCAAACUCGUAACCAGCGGAUCGGCACCCAUCAGUUCUGAUGUAAUGGAUUUCCUCAAAAUUGCAUUUGCAUGCGAAGUUGCAGAAGGAAGUGGUACGGUUGGGCCUCCCCAGCCUAUCAACGAAAUCAAAUUGGUCGAUGUGCCCGCCAUGAAUUAUACUUCUGAGGAUAAACCUAACCCCAGAGGAGAGUUGUGCGUACGCGGUGCAAACUGUUUCACUACGUAUUAUAAGGACGAAAAGAAUACCAAGGAAACCGUGGAUGAAGAAGGCUGGGUUCACACCGGAGAUGUCGUGGAACUUGACUCAUGUGGUCGUGUAAAGAUCAUCGAUCGUGUCAAGAACAUCAUGAAACUUGCUCAGGGAGAGUAUGUCGCGUUGGAGAAGAUUGAGAAUGUUUAUAGCAGCACGCCGUUGAUUGCGCAGAUUUAUGUCCACAGUGAUGGUCUGCAGUCGUUCUUGAUCGCAGUCAUUGUACCCGAUCCAGUCCAAUUUUCUGGCAUUGUUUCCAGCGUCACGGGCAAUAAGGUCGCCCCAGAGGACGUCGCCGCUCUUGCCGCUGCCUGCAAGGAUAGUCGUGUCAUUAGCCACGUCGAAUCACUGUUGAUGAAAAUCGGGAAGCAGAAUGGCCUCAAAGGAUUCGAAAUUGUCAAGCGAGUUCACCUCAGUCUUACCAUGUUCAGCGUGGAGAAUAACACUUUGACGCCUACGAUGAAAGUUCGCCGCAAAGAUGCGUACAACAUGUACAAAAAGGAGUUGGACGCGCUAUAUGCUCUUGGAGAGCCAUCCUCUAAACUCUAA